CUUUAUGUUAGACAUUUUCGGUUCGGAGACAAUCUUAGCAGCAAAAAUUAUUUUUUGAAUCAAAUAUUUUUCAUUCGUUAUACUUUUAUUGGAAAGCAGACAAUUGGUGAAAUUUAUCGAAAUUAUUGGAAUAUCUAGCGUUUAUUUGUUAAAAAUUCUUGGAUAUAUCGAAAGCAAAAAUAAGUUUAUUGCAUUUGUUGAUGGGAUUUCGGUAUCAGGAACUUAAAGACAGGGGGGACAGCAUAGAACUUGAGCGCAAGGAAAGCUAUACAACCGAACGCAGCCACAACGGUUACAUCAAACGUCAUAAGACUGUAGUGCGCGAACGAUUUCCACAUCCGAAUGCGAAGGAAGCGCGUAAGCAACAGAAACAGCACGCCAAACGUAGCGCUUUCUCAAAAACACAACGACCAGAGGCAGCAUCGGAACACACCGCCACCGAAACAUUUGGCAAUUCACCGGAGAGUGGCGCCUUGUUGACAACUUGCCGUGAUAAAUCGCAUUUGGAACGCGCCGUCAAUCGCACCUCGGUGCAGUUGAAGCGUUUGGCACAUGAAAUUGAUAAUGAAAUUGCCAAAUUGAAACGGGAAAGGGACAAACUAAUGUUCAGAACGCGUCCGCAUCCGUUGAUGCGCAACGCUGCCAUACAGAACGAUCUGCACACGAAUAUCGAACCGUUGGAUAAAUUGAAAGAAAUCGAUACACAGUUUGCCAAAAAUAUAGAGUUCACAAUUGAAAAAUUCUCAAGUCAACAUAAAUUCGUUUGCACUUCACCGCGUUACGCGCGCGACGAACAGACUUCGUGUCGGCCGCGCAUGCGCACAAUUGGCCUACAGAAAGAUACGCAACGUGGCGCUGUUGAGGAUAACUUGCAAAAUCUUAAGGCGAAACUCAGCGCUGCCAUUAACUACUCGGGCACCAAUCUGGCCGAUUUAAAGUCGAAGGGGUUGCUCGAUACGGCGCCGCCCAAUUGCUAUGCCUUCGACUAUGGCGGCACGGGCGAUGGUCAGACGGCGUUGAAUGUUUAUCACUUGCAAAAUUGUCGUUUCGCUGGCGGUUGCAAUGACUGCAAUUGCGCGAAAAAUUGCGAACGCUACAAUAGUGUUGGCAACUACAAUGGCAUGCUAUGUAAUAAGAACAGUUAUGUGGAGAAGGGUCUGACGCCGUGUAAGGAGUACAAAUACUGUCGAGAUGAAUACCAUUACAAUUAUCCGUCGCAGAAUAAAUGUGUAGUGCCGGUGGCGAAUCAACCAUGUUCGCCAUGCGUGCCAUCAUAUCAGUCGUGUCAGCCGUGCCAACCUUAUCAGCCCUGUCAGCCAUGCAUACCUUGUUUGCCGCCUUGUCCACUUUAUGGUGAGUGCCAGCCAGCCAAGCACAAGGAAAAAGUGAUAUAUGGCAGGCGUAUGAGUGACUUAAAUACAGAAGAUUUUUAUCAUCCUACCAGCUCACGCUCCGCAAAGCAUUCGCCAAAUAAACAUGGCAGUCCAAGGCAUUCUAAGAAUAAGGAGCGCUUGACGGUCGAUGUACCGAAGGACGGUCGUACAUUUGUCGAUAUUGAACGAAGUGGUGAACCCUCGCGUAGUAAAACGCGUCGUAAAAACGAGAGCGAAGGGAAAACUAGGCAGCGCAGUUCGAAAACAUACGACGACGUCUCCGCGCGUAAAGCGAAUGAAAAGCGUCAGGUGCGCGAGCGUAAGCCACGUCAGGAGAGUGAAUCGUCGGGCAGUGUUGACUCUUCGGAGAAGGCGCGGCAAAUGAAGAGCAAAGAAAAACUGCUGGAGAUAACAUUCACGAAGGAGAGACGUCACAGGCCGUCGUCGGAGUCAGGAGAGGAAUGCAUUAUGUAUGAGAUGCCGAAACCAUGUCGUGAGUACUCACGUGAGACAAAACGCUCUUUGAAACAGAUGACAAUUACUGCAUAUAAGCCUUGUAAGCCAGUGGACAGUGAGGGCAAAAAGAAGCAAAAAGACAAAGGACAAGGUGCUGAUGAUGAUAAAACGUGGGAUGAACGGUUGAGGCAUGCGGAAUAUCCAGCUGAAGAAGAUGAUUGGCAUGCUGGUGUCCCAACUAUAACAGAAGUUUAUGAUGACUAUCGCGUUGGUGAUACCUACCCUGUUGAGGGACAUAAAAUCAUACAGGAACCUACUGAGUCGCCAUUUGUCGGAGGCUAUAGAGAAAUGUAUCGCGUAUCACCACAGCGUAGUUACGAUAUUAUGCCGGUACAAAAAAAUACAGUGCGUGAUAUUCCGCCAUCUCAAAGUCCCGAUCGUGAGCGACGUACCGAACGAGAAAGACCGACGAGACCAAGCGAAAGACUAAGAGAAUCGUAUGAAAGAGAUCGGACUGCUAGCGGCACGGGGCCAGAUGGACAACGUAGAAUUGGGCGCGAUGGUAGACAACGUGAUUCAAUUGACAAGGAGAGAUCAGAAGUAUAUAGAGCUUAUGGACUUGAAGGGAAACCCGGCCGGAGCUAUGGUCGAACAUACGAUGAACGUCGUUCUCCAGACGACUAUGGCCGAUCAAGACAAGGUGAUGAACGCUAUGAUCCGAAAUUCACUACGAGCACGCCACGUUCCGCACGUGACUACGAGCGAGGUAUUAAAUCAGAGCAAAGGUACGACUCUCGUGGACAACCACGUAAAAUCUACGAUGAACCUAGUGCUGUGCCCGGUAGAGCUUACACUCCAGAUGGCACACCACGUUCGGGACGCUAUGCUCGUGGUGUGGAACAGGACGAUAAUAUUAAAAUGGAGGCAUUUUCACCCUCCACAUCCCAAGAUAAGUAUAUAUCUAGCGAAAAACUUGAUAGAAAAAGGACUCCCAGGGAUGUUAUUAGUAGCUCAGAUCAGCGAGUUGGAAAUGAUGCACAACACACCGGUGAAAGAAAAUUUAAGCAGGAAGAUAAGUUAAUGCAGGAUGAAGAUACGGGUUUAUCAUCUAAAAAACCAGAGAUUUCCGCCACAGAUAUGAAAUUCAAAGCGGAUACAGAAAAACCAGAUGACAUGAGUCAUAAGGCAAAAGUAAAGAUGGAGAGUCCAGACAGCCCUGCGGCUAGCACUCCACGUACCGGAAAGGGACCUAUUUCCGAUAGAGGUCUGAUUGGAGACGAGCAAACAAUGGGAAAUGUACCACAAGUUCCAGAAAUUAAAAUUGAAGAUACAGACGAAAGCGGUAGAAGUGCACCAAGUGGUAGAGGGGGAAAGCCAGAAGGUAAAAGAGAACAGGAGCCACAAUCAACACGAUCACCGAAGAAAGAGCAAAUAGGAAGUAGUCCAGGUAGAAAACCAGAAGUAUAUGCUGGCACGGUAAGUGGGACAGGCUUUGCUAGAUCGGAUGCACCUGGCGUCAUGGGUGCAGCUGCAAGUCCACUAAGUCCUUUUCCAAGUCUGGAAACACCAAAAAUCUAUAUGAAACCUCGAGCAUUAUGCACCGAUUAUGGUAAAGCGUGCUUCCCACCAAUCGAAGAGGAAUGCCCUAAAAGGACCAGUCCACGUGCCAACUGUGUUGCGAAUGCAGGAGAUGCUUAUAUGUGUCAAGCAUGCAACAGGCAGACAGCUUGCGCCUCACCGUCGCCAUGUCAGUGUUCAUGCGCAGCCGAAAGUGGUAGUGAAAUCCCCUAUGAGAAGCUAGGCGAUCAAUACACACAUUCACCGGUACGACAACUGGCUGCCAACUCCCAUUUGGCUGUUGCGCUGCAGUCCGACAUUGCGGCGAACAAUUAUAAACCGUUACCACAAGAGAGUUUAUCUAAAAGCUGCAUAACUUUGCGCUCGACCGGCACACAGUAUUCGGCAACGAUUAUCGAGCGACAGGAAGAUCGUUGUGCGCCACAAUAUGUGCCGCUGCCAAAAGUAUGCAGUGAAAUAUUAGCGGAAGAAGCGCAGAACAGCGCAACGCAAUCUACUUGUACCUGUGAUGAGUCACGACGAAACAACAAACCACCUUGCUCAUCUCCAGAUAACACGAAAAAUAAAUACCAAUUUCUGUGUGAGGAAGCCAAUGAAGAGUACGAUGCUAAAAUGAAUCUGCAGAAUAAUGAACAGUGGUGUGGUCGUGUAGAAAUUAAUACGGAGAAAAGGCAAAUUUUCAUUGCGCAACCAAAACAGGAGGCAGAAGAGAAGAACUACUUGUUACCAUGGCAGCAGGAUGAAAAAUUCAUACCUGGACAACCGAUAAGCACUUGCAACACGUCACCUUGGCAAGAUGGCUCAGUCAAGUUCAUGCAAACGGUAUCAAAAAUUCCGCGUUAUCAAAACUACGCGGAACGUAGAACACCACGCUUUAAUGCCACUAUGCCGCCACAUCAAGAAAUGCCGGAAGAGGAAGAUAGAUGCGCACAAGAACUACCACAGUACAAGCCGCAGACGCGUGUACAAUUUAUGGAGCAAUAUGAGAGCUGCGAUCCUUGUUGCUACGCACGAAACGAAGCAGCGAAUUUGCAAAAUGAGGCAGCAGAUUGUAUGCACGAAUACACGCCAAGGGGACGCCUAAGUUUCGCUUAUGGCGGCGAAUACCAGCAGAUACCAGAAUUUACUGGCUGUCCAUGUAUGUUCAAAACUUAUCUAAAUAUGGUGACACUUUACUAUCCCGACUGUCGUGUACAACUGCGAGAAGAUUGUGUCGAAAUUGAUGAAGACGAUGAGUUCAAUGAAUGA